UACGUGGGAGCGGGAGGCGGCGGCGGGUAUGGGCGGCUGUGGCGGCGGAGGGCGGUGAAGCCGCCGAGAUGUGGCUGAAGCCCGAGGAGGUGUUGCUGAAAAAUGCCCUCAAGCUAUGGGUGCUGGAGCGCUCCAACCAGUACUUCGUGCUGCAGAGGCGGCGGGGUUACGGCGAGGAGGGCGGUGGCGGGCUGGCAGGUCUUCUCGUGGGAACUCUAGAUGCAGUAUUGGAUUCUACAUCAAAAGUGGCCCCAUUUCGCAUCCUGCAUCAGACACCGGACUCACAGGUCUACUGGUCCAUUGCAUGUGGAGCCAGCAGAGAAGAGAUAACAGAACAUUGGGACUGGUUGGAACACAAUGUCAUGAACAUUUUAUCGGUGUUUGAUUCAAAUGAAGAUAUUACAAGCUUUGUCCAGGGAAAGAUAAGAGGUUUGAUUGCUGAGGAAGGAAAAGGUUCUUUUACAAAAGAAGAAGAUCCCGAGAAGUUUCGUGAAGGUCUUAUGAAGUUUGAGAGGUGCUUUGGAUUACCAGAGCAGGAGAAGUUGGUUACCUAUUACUCAUGCAGCUACUGGAAGGGCCGGGUGCCUUGUCAAGGGUGGCUUUAUCUUAGUACCAACUUCCUGAGCUUUUACUCAUUUUUGCUGGGAGCAGAAAUAAAGCUUAUUAUCUCCUGGGAUGCAAUAUCAAAACUUGAGAAGACUUCCAAUGUUAUUCUGACAGAGAGCAUUCACGUCUGCUCCCAUGGGGAAGAUCACUAUUUUUCCAUGUUUUUGCACAUUAAUGAAACAUUCCUUCUCAUGGAGCAGCUGGCAAACUAUGCUGUUAGGAGGCUUUUUGAUAAGGAGACAUUUGAAAAUGACCUAGUCCUGUAUGACCCCCUGCAGAUCACCAAGAGAGGCCUGGAGAGCCGAGCCCACAGCCAGCAGUUCAGUGCAUUCUUCAGGCUACCCAAAGAAGAGACUUUGAAGGAAGUUCACGAGUGCUUCUUAUGGGUUCCUUUCACUCAUUACAAUGCCCAUGGGAAAAUGUGCAUUUCAGAAAACUACAUUUGCUUUGCUAGCCAGGAUGGCAGCCUGUGCAGUGUAAUCAUUCCAUUAAGAGAGGUGAUAGGUGUGGAUAAGGCUGACCCAGCCAACAGAGGAGUCAACAUUAGUACCAAAGGAAAAAGAGCUUUUCGUUUCACUGAAGUUAGAGAUUUUGAACAGCUUGUCACAAAGCUCAGAAUCAAAUGCAAUGCAACUUCAAGUCCACAGCAUAUAAAUACAGAGGUUGCAGGUAGUUCUGCUUCUGACAGUCCAAAGGAUUUUGAUGAGGUGCCAUCAAAGAUAGAUCUGAAGGAUAACACCAAAACUGUCAGUACAGAAGCCCUAAUGACUGUCUACCAUCCUCAGGAUGCCGAGAAUCUAGACCCUAAAAUGUUGAAAGAAAAAAUGAAAGAACAGUCCUGGAAUAUCCUUUUUUUUGAACGAGGUCAUGGUGUCAGCAUGUUUCGAACAAAGAAGACUCGAGAUUUAGUUGUAAGAGGGAUCCCAGAGGCCUUAAGAGGAGAGCUCUGGCUGCUCUUCUCAGGUGCUGUCAACGACAUGGCCUCCAGCCCUGGUUAUUACACUGAGUUGGUGGAGAGGUCCUUGGGAACAUGCACUUUAGCUACUGAUGAAAUCGAACGGGAUCUGCGUCGCUCCUUACCUGAGCAUCCUGCUUUUCAAAGCGACACAGGAAUCUCUGCCCUCCGGAGAGUUCUUACAGCUUAUGCAUACAGGAAUCCUCAGAUUGGAUACUGUCAGGCAAUGAACAUACUGACAUCAGUACUUCUGCUGUAUGCUAAGGAGGAGGAAGCGUUCUGGCUGCUGGUUGCUGUCUGUGAAAGGAUGCUACCUGAUUAUUUCAAUCGUCGAAUCAUUGGUGCCUUGGUAGAUCAGGCAGUGUUUGAGGAGCUCAUCAGAGUUCAUCUGCCUCAGUUGACAGACCACAUGAUGGGCAUGACUUUUUUCUCCUCGGUCUCUCUCUCCUGGUUCCUUACCCUUUUUAUCAGUGUGCUGCCUAUUGAAAGUGCAGUCAAUGUGGUGGACUGUUUCUUCUAUGAUGGAAUAAAGGCAAUCUUGCAGCUGGGACUUGCAGUGCUGGAGUACAACAUGGAUAAGUUGCUGACUUGUAAGGAUGAUGCAGAAGCAGUGACUGUUCUCAACAGGUUUUUUGACAGCGUCACCAACAAAGACAGUCCUUUGCCUCCAGCUGUGCAGCAGGGCUCCAACCUCAGUGAUGCAAAGGGUGAUCACCCAAAAGUGGACAUUACUGACUUGAUCCGAGAGUCAAAUGAAAGAUACGGAGAUAUUCGGUAUGAAGAUGUUGAGAGCAUGCGCUGCAGAAACAGGCUUUAUGUGAUCCAGACAUUAGAAGCUACAACCAAGCAGAAUGUGCUUCGUGUUGUGUCUCAGGAUGUAAAAUUCAGUCCUAAUGAUCUUGACGAGCUUUAUGAAUUAUUCAAGAGGGAACACUUUCUUUCCUGCUAUUGGAAUGUAAAUAGUCCUGUUUUAGAACACCAUGAUGCCAGCCUGCCGUAUCUGGAGCAGUAUCGAAUUGAUUGCCAGCAAUUCAGGGUUCUUUGCCAUCUCCUGAGCCCCUGGUCGCACUGUGCAAACAGAGACUCCAUUGCAUUGUGGACAUUCAGACUGAUGGAUGAGAACUGCCAUGGCCUUAUCAACUUCAAACAAUUUUCCUGUGUGCUUGAUACCAUGUAUAAUGGAAGUUUCACUGACAAACUCAAGCUUCUUUUUAAGUUGCACAUCCCUCCAGCUUUUACUGAAGUGGAAUCUCUGAGCCCUUCCAGAGGCGUUGAUCUUUCAAAAGAAGAACUGAUCCACUUCAGUCAACUCAGUGUUUCAUCUGCUGGGGAUAGUCUUGAAAGUGAUGCUUUGAAGAGCAGCCCAGAAAAAGGGAAGGGCAAGGUUGAUAUUCAGGCCUAUCUGAAGCAAUGGCAAGAUGAACUUCUUAAGAAAGAAGAAAGCAUUAAGGAUUUGCCAAGAAUGAAUCAGUCUCAGUUCAUCCAGUUCUCAAAAACUCUGUACAAUCUAUUCCACGGAGAUCCUGAGGAGGAGCUGUUGUACCGCGCCAUAGCAGUGGUUACCAGUCUCCUGCUGAAGAUGGAAGAAGUUGGGAGAAGGCUUCAGAGUCCCACAUCACCAGUCAGAAGUCUGGCUGCCACAACAGAGGUGUCUGCUGAAAGCCCCCAGAAGGGGCGGGAGGAGGGCAGCUCUGAGCAGACCGGAGGCAGUGGAGCGCAGGGUCUGCGAAAGGGCCACGAAUGGUCUUUUGCCUUUGAGCAGAUUCUGGCAUCCUUACUGAACGAGCCAGCCUUUGUGAGGUUUUUUGAGAAACCUCAUGAGAUAAAAGCUAGAAUAGAGAGCGCUAAAAAUUUACAACUUCAAGCAAGAACUAGAAUGUAAUUUACUUUGACUCUGAAUGAAGUACGUAGAGCACUGGCAGAUGAAGGUGGUGACUACGGAAAUUGAGUACGUUGUUUACACAGGGAAUGGGGUUUGAAGAUUUAGCUUUAAAUGUCAGAUUACUCGUAUGCUUUCAUGUAAAUAAAAAUAGUUUGAAGCACAA